UUGAUGAAAAUGCUGACAUUGUGCGCUACGACCAAUUUUUUCGGGUUCAUCUGUUCACUAAUGCACCAACACACGACUAACUUCCCAAAACAGCGAGGCUUUUUUCACCGCACAUCAUCGGUGAUGUCAUUUUCAUAUAACGGAUCAUGCAUUAAUACGCGUUCGUAAAUUACUUCCUCGGACCAAAAUGUCCCAACGAUAAUGUGAUAGAACAUUAUGUUGUAGUUGUGUAAUUCGAGAUUUGUGAAAACGUUUCAGAAGUCUACACUUGCACCACAGAAAGUCACUGGAUUCAUUGCUUAUGGUUGUGAAAGCCGUAUCACGUAUUUGCAGGAGACAGAAACAAGCUUCCAGAACAAGGCCCGAGUACAAAUCCUGGCCGAGCUGGAGAAAGAAAGGGAGCGCUUAAUGCAGAAUCAGACUGUGAGCACUCCGGGAGCCAGCAUCCCAAUAGCCCGUCACAGCAUGAAAGACUUCCGGGAUAGCGCCGAGCAGCAGCACAUUGUUGCCCAGCAGAAAGCUGCCUUGCAGCACGCACACGCACACUCGUCAGGCUUCUUCAUCACUCAGGACUCGUCAUUCGGCAACCUCAUCCUCCCUGUGCUUCCUCGCCUGGAGCCUGAGUCGUGACCGUUGGCCACAACGCGUACACAUGUGAACCACGUCUCACUUCCAAGUUUCCUCUUUGGGUCUUUAUCCUGACACUGAUGUCUGGGAAGUUGGAAUCCGUUGCAG